GACACCUUUAGCUUUAAAAAAACGUUCUGAUGGGACUUUCGAAAAGACUACUGUUUUAUGCAAGUUGUGCAAGAAGGAGUUCGCUUAUCACCAAAGCUACUCAAGCCUAAAACACCAUCUGAAUGCAAAACAUGUCGCGGCUAGCACAGCUAAUGUCUCCACUGCUAAUGUCAGCACCCCUGGCAGCGGUACAAAUAAAUGCUCCAGCCAGCCCACACUGGACCAGAUGACAGGUUUCAGAGCCAAAAUAAGUAAGUCUACUUCAGAGAAAUUAAGCAACUCCUUGGCAAAAUGGAUCGCAACAGACUGCAGACCACUUUCAGUGGUAGAGGAUAGCGGGCUACAGUCCGUGUUACAGAUAGCGACAUCUGACCCUGCUCACAAACUCCUGUGUAGAAAAACCAUGGCAAGUAAGAUUGAGCAGCUUUAUGAUGACGAAAAGCAGUCAAAACAAGACAUAUUGAAUGCAGUUGAGUGUGUUGCAUUGACAGGGGACAAUUGGACUUCCAUCAGCAAUUCUAGCUACCUUGGCGUGACUGCACACACAACAUGCGUUGUCAACAAAGAAUGGCAAUUAGCGUCUUUUGUCCUUACUGUUGAAAAAGUCAACACCAGACAUUAUGCAGUAAACUGCGCAGUCCAGUUUUUUUUUCUGUGGCUGAGUCCUGGGAAACUGAGAAAAAGGUUACAACAAUUGGCACCGACUGACAUGAUGGCAUGAUGGCAGCAGCAAAACGGCUCCCAUUUCAGCACAUGCCAUGUGUUGCACAUAUUUUGCAGAGAUCCAUCACUGUGUGCCUGGACAGUUGUGGAUUUAACGAUGUACUGAUUAAAGUGCCGUAAGAUUGUGGGUCAUUUCAGACACAGCCCAGCCAACACAAUGGAACUGUAUCAAGAGCAAAGGGCACUUGACCAGGAAAAUGAACCCCUAAUCCUGGAUGUUUCCACAAGGUGGAACUCCACACUGUUUAUGAUCCGUCGUCUUCUCAAAAACAAAGAGGCAGUAAAGGCUGCUCUGGACAAACAGAAGCACAAACUGGUCUUAUUGUCAGCAGCAGAGUGGACAAAACUAGAGAAGUUGACCGCCAUCCUUGAACCAUGCAGACAUGUGACUGAUCUUCUUGGUGGAGAGACUUAUGUCUCAUGUUCUGUGGUCUUGACUGUCCUACGAUUCCUGGACUACACUAUGAAGGUCUCUGAUGAAGAUUCUACCUACAUAGUGAAAUUCAAGACUGCCUUCAUGAAGGACUUGUCAGAGCGGAAAGCUGCACUUAAUGAUGACUGGCUCAAAAUGGCUACAGUACUUGACCCUCGCUUUAAGGACUUAAAAUGUCUUCCAAGAGAAGAGCGAGAAGGCGUGUGGAAGAAGCUUGAAGAACUCCUUCAAGAUGGAUCUACAACAGCUACUUCUGAGCCCACAGAUGAGCCACCAAAAAAGAAAGGCCUCUUGUGCUUUUCUUCUGACUCUGACUUUAACUCUGUUGAUGUGGGUUCUAACCAUGCCUUGAGCAUCUAUAAAGCAGAAAAGACAAUCAGUGAGACAGACUGCCCUCUCCAAUAGUAGUCAGCACAUGCAGGGGCACAUCCACAGCUCUCCACUCUGGCUAGAAAGUACCUAGCAAGCCCUGCCACUUCUGUCCCAUGUGAGAGGGUGUUCUCACUUGCUGGGAACAUCAUCCUUGCUGGGAACAUCAUCCAGAAGAAAAGAGCAGCCUUAAGCUCUGAAAAUGUAAACAGGCUCGUCUGUCUCAGUAACUGGCUCAAAUAGAAAAGGUAGCCUCAGCGUUCUAUGUUUUGGUUGUCCAACAUAUUGUGGGCUGAAUGUUCUGUUAAAUUUUAAGCUCUUAAAUGCAAUAUGUUGUUUUGGCAUAAUUCUGUUUUCACUUUAGAAAUGACACUUUAAUUUAUGUUUACAACAUUUGUUAAACUCUCACAAGAGUUCCAGCAUCGUGUAGUUUUUUUUUUUUUAUUUUAAUUUUUACAGUUCUGUAGAAGACAUGGUGCUCUCAUUAUUGUCUAGAGUGCUGUUUAUAUUUAUUUUUUAUUUUUCAAAUAUGUUGAACAGUGUCACGUUCCUGAAAUACUUGAAAUAUGAAUAACUAUUAGCACUUUGCCCAAUCUGUUGGUUUAAUAACAAUCAAAAAAACAUUUCAAAAGCAAUAAACAUUUGUUGUUAAACGUAUGUCUAUUCAUUCAAUAUUAGUAGCAAAAGGAUUUUUAAAAAAUGAAAUUGUUUAAUUUGUUGAAAUAUGUUUGCGAUUAAUUGUGAUUAAUUAAUUACA